AUGCCUGAGAGCAAGAUUCCUCAACCGGGUCCUGCCAAACUGAAGCGCAAUGCGGGCCCUGACGAGUGGCUGGAGGCAGCGAAGGAUUGCAAGUAUCUAUCGGAGCCACAUAUGAAGCAACUGUGUGAGAUUGUCAAAGAAUACAUGAUGGAGGAAUCAAAUAUCCAACCAGUAUCGACACCUGUCACAGUCUGUGGUGACAUUCACGGCCAAUUUUACGAUCUCCUGGAACUCUUUCGAGUUUCUGGAGGCAUGCCUGAUGGUACAGAACUCGAUCCGCCGAAGACAUCCCCCUCCGUGAUUACCUCGGCCGAUAUCGAACCUCCCUCAAGCAUCUCAGAUCCUAAAAUUCGCAAGAAGCUUCGCGGCUCCAACAUGAACUCCAACGACGAGGAAGAUUCGAGUUCACGGAGCCGAUCGGCCAGCGGUACAUCUGCAGAUCUCCAGCUUAACCGCAACUUUGUAUUUCUAGGCGACUACGUGGACCGUGGAUACUUCAGUCUUGAGACAUUAACGCUCUUACUCUGUCUCAAAGCGAAAUACCCCGAUCGAGUCACACUGGUUCGUGGUAAUCACGAGUCGCGCCAAAUUACUCAGGUAUACGGUUUCUACGAAGAAUGCUUCCAAAAAUACGGCAGUGCUUCAGUAUGGAAGGCAUGCUGCCAGGUUUUCGAUUUCAUGACAUUGGGGGCUAUUAUUGAUGGCAAGGUGUUGUGUGUUCACGGUGGCCUGAGCCCUGAAAUUCGCACAUUGGAUCAAGUCCGCGUGGUAGCCCGUGCACAGGAGAUCCCUCACGAAGGUGCCUUCUGUGAUCUCGUGUGGUCUGAUCCAGACGAUGUGGAGACGUGGGCUGUCAGUCCUCGGGGAGCAGGAUGGUUAUUCGGAGACAGAGUGGCCGAUGAGUUCUGCCAUGUCAAUGAUCUCUCGCUGAUCGCACGCGCUCAUCAGCUAGUGAACGAGGGCUAUAAAUACCACUUUAACAACCAAAAUGUUGUCACCGUGUGGAGUGCGCCGAAUUACUGCUACCGAUGCGGAAACCUGGCCUCGGUCUGUGAAAUCGGAGAGGAUCUCAAACCCACCUUCAAGCUGUUUAGUGCAGUCAGCGAUGACCAGCGGCAUGUUCCAGUCUCGCGGCCAGGGCGCAGCGAGUACUUUUUGUAA